AUGCAUACGGUGAUGGAAGCAUUUGUAAAAUUUUAGCCUAAGACAAAGACACUAAGAAAAUUCUAGCUAAUUGACAAUUAUUCAAAGAGCUUACAAGAGCUACAUGUAAUUAAAUUUCACAGAAAAGAGGAUACUGAGAACCACUUGACUCUAUCAGAAAUUAUAUACAAAUCUAAAAGUUAUUUUGGGGAAGAUGUUUAUCAAUAUAAGUAAAAGAUUAAAGCAAAAAAGAGCAGAAGGCAUGAAACUGUAAAAUUGGCUUACGGUAUACUAGGCUUCAUCAAGUUUCUGAAAGGAUAUUACAUUAUUUUUAUCACUGAUCGUAAGAAGGUUGCCAAACUAGCAAGACAUAGUAUUUACAAAGUGAAAGAUAUGAAGUUGAUCCCACUUUUCAGAACUCAAUAAAAUGACAAAGCCAAUGAAACAGAAGCCAAAUAUGUGUAGACUUUUAAGGAAAUCCAAAUUUCAAAAGGCUUUUACUUUUCAUAUACUUAUGAUAUUUCUCAUUCUCUCCAGCAUAAUACACUUCACUAGAUCACUAAUGAUAGAAAAACUCAGUCAAGGAUGAAAUUGAUAAGAAGAUAAUAAAGCGAAAAGAUAAAUAAUCAAGAUAUGCAGUUUAGCGACAAUAUUUUUCAUGGAUAGUAAAGUAGAAAGAAAGAUUAGUAUUAAUGGGAUGAAAAAUUUGUUUGGAACUACUUUUUAAUCAAAGAAUUUAUGGAAUGCAAGUUGGUCCAUUGCAAAUGGAUACUGCCAGUAUCUUUGAUCUUGAUUGCGAGAAGAUCAAGGUAUAUGGCAGGUCCUAGAUAUCUUAAGAGAGGUAUUAAUGACGAAGGAAACGUUGCUAACUUCGUUGAAACAGAGCAGAUUGUUUACAGUCACAACUAAUCAUUUGAUAAUAAACCUGUAAUGAGUUCUUACGUACAAAUUAGAGUACAAAGAUCUAAAGGAUCAAAUUAUUCAGCAACUAAAAGACAUAUUGGAGAAUUAUUUGAACGCUACUCAUUCCCUCUUUAUUGUGUUAAUUUGACUAAAAUGAAAAAUUAAAGAGAAUGCUUGGUUGCAGAUGAGUAUCAAUAUGCUGUUAAAGAAGUAAUAAAUAAUGAACUUCCAAAAUCACUUAGAAUAAGAUAUCUGCACUUUGACAUGAAAAUUAGAAAAAAGGAGACUAACUUCCCAGCCUCUUUAGUAGAAUAUGCCAAGUAAUUUGUUAGAAAGACAGGAAUGUUCUUUUGCAGUAGGAAUAGAUUAUCGGAUGAAGUAUCAUAGAUUACAAUAUAAAGAGGUGUAAUAAGAACUAAUUGUAUUGAUUCUCUCGAUAGAACUAAUGAAGGGCAAGAAUAUAUUGGAUUAUAUGUCUUCAUGAAACAGCUGAAAAAAAUGGGGGUAGUUCUCAAAGUCAAAGAAAUCAAAGUUAUAGACAACCCACUUGGCCAGAAAUUCAAAAAGAUAUUUGAUGAAAUGGGAGAUGCUAUUUCUUUGUAAUAUGGAGGAUCAGAAGCACAUCACUCUGCGGUUAAUAAGAAGAAAAAUAUCUUUAAGAAUGCAAUUCCUGAAUUAUUGACGUCUGUGAAGAGACAUUACGCUAAUAAUUUCCUGGAUCCAAUGAGACAAAACAUCAUCAAUCUUUUUCUUGGAAUUUAUAUCCCUCUAGAAAAUCCUAAUUAAGAAUUGUGGACUCUUACGGAUGAUUCAAAGCUUUAGAAGCAUAAGAUGAAUCAAAGGUUGCCUAUCGUAAGAGGGAAUUGGUGGGAAUAAUUCAUCAGAAAGUUUGACCCAUCUCUUCCUGAUGAAUUUUAAAUUGAUUUAGAGAAACUAUUCUAAGGUCCUAAAGAUGAGAGCGAUGAAGAAGGUGACAAAAAUUUGACUUCAUUAAGUAAAUUCUCUAAUAGCUCAGGUUCGCCUUACAAGACUCCGAUCUCAGUGAAAGAAGAUGAUUUUUUCAAAAAUGAGGACAAAAAAUCUACAAAUUAGUUUUCAAGAUACUCAUCUUCUCAGAUUCAGAUUGAUUAAAUGAUAUCUAAUGCACAUCAAAGCCUAGGGAAUUCAAUAUUAGAGAGGUAAAGCUUACGAUCUAGAGUUGUAUCAUCUGAGAGGAAAGUAAAAGACAAGCAUAUCAAGUUCUAAUCAUCAAAAAGUGUUUCAGCUCUCCAUUAAUAUCAUGCUCCAUUCUUUGGGAGACAAUCUACUGUGACUCUUUUAGAAGAUGAAGAGGACGAUGAUCCAUUUUAUGAAAUUUACAACUGCCAUUAGCUCACAUUUUUAGAGUCAAAAAUACAGCACCCUAUCAAUAAAUUUGAUGUUGUUGAUUUUGCAAAGGAAGAUGUUGAGGAUAUGAUAAGAUCAUAGUUAAAAGAUCAUGUGGUAAAAGAUUAGAAGUUAAGCGAAGACUAGUAUAAAGUUUUAUACUAAGAUACAAUGAAACCACUUCUUACAACACAAGAUCUUAUUGAUGAUGAUGAAAUGACCACAUUUGAUCUUUACCUAAAAGUACCCAAAAAGAUUAGAAAACUAGGUACUCUAGACUAUCAUACAUUCCUGAGAAACUACCCUGAUAAUAUAGUAGAGCAAUAGAAAUGGACUAGAUUCACUGAGCCUCUUUAUGAUGAGCAAGACUAUAGAGAAUUCAAAAACAAAAAUGAUGUUUACAGGGAUGUGAAAAAUGAACUGGAAUGCUACGAUAACUAUGUUAACUUUGAUCAUACUUAAUUACCAUCAUACUAAGUAAACAGACUAGUCAAUGAAACUUCUGAACUGAAAUUAAAAAGAGCCCAAGAUGAAAUCUACAAGCUUCAUUAAGAUAGUAAAUAGGUUAUUCAGAAUAUGAUGGGUAUCCAAGAUGAUUAACCUCAAUAGGAAAAUAUCUUAUCACUACUUAGUAAGGGCAAGUAACUAUAACAGAAAUAUGCUUACGACUUGAAGAGGACGACAGAUCUUCUGUCUCAUGCCUACAAAGACUACAAAGUAGAAAAGAAAAAGUUCAUGCAAUAAUCUCAAUCAAACAUCCCAGUGAUAUAGCUGAAUCAAGUGCCCUAAACUACAAAGAGUUAGGGACCACAAUCUGAAAGAAGAAACACUAAUAAUUUCACCAGUGAGGUCUAAAACAUUCAAAAUUAAUAGCCAUUUUUGGCUACUAAUUAAAGCAAAGAAAAUCUUUUGAUAUCAAUGACUGAGCUAAAUGUAAAUCCCCACCAUAGUUAGUAAUUGCCAACUACUGGUUCAAUGGUAAAUCAGGAAUCAAAAGUUAAUUUCUUUGAAGAUGAACCUGAUCUUGAUAUGAGCAGAGAUAUAAGAUUAAAGGAGGCAAAAGAAGAGGUAAAAGCCAAAAAAGCAUAAAAGAGAGAAAUUAUUAUUGAAUCUUACUUCUACAACUGA